AUGGUUCUACCACAGAGCGCCGAUGUCUCCAGCUCGACGCUGGCACUUUCUAGGACGGGAUCGCCGUCGCUCCAACCUCUGUCCCCUCCCCCUCCCAGGGAAGUCGAGAAGUACGAAAAGAGAGCACUCCCGCCAGUGCCGCUCAAGAGAGACUCAAUCGUGUCCAACUUCAGCAAGGAGGUUGAUGAGGCUCUGGCCACGCCCGACCCAGUGGACACCCCUGAGGGUAGUAUCGUCCCUUUCAUUUACUGCCCACCUCUGUCUCCCAGGGCUGCGCCAGAAGAUGGAGACGCUGAGUUUGUCGAAGACAUAGACUAUCCCACGGACAGCAAGCCGGGAAGAGGUGAUCUGAAGCUCGCAACGGGUGAUCUCUCUGGCGCAGCGACGGCCAGUGUCAUUUCCCCAAAGGUCGCCAAAAUAUUGGGGGUGGGGAACCCCCGGAAGAAUACGCCGUCAGGGCACGAGUCCCCCGAAAAGGUGAAGAGACUUGUAGGCUUUGAGCUUGCGUGCGAGGGUGGCAAGGCGCAGCAUAAGCAGCACCGCUCGGAGCAGUACGGACAGCUUCACGGCGAGGUCUCUCCCCUGAGCAACGCUAGCAGCCCCUACGAGCACGACGGUCCCAGGACCGCUGUCUCCGACGUAGACGCCGAGGCGGAGGUCGGCGGCAGACAGUUCUCCUCGGCGCCGAGUCCGAGCGAUCUUUCCAACCCUGAAAGGCUUCAUCGACACAGUACAGGGUCAUCCCCCUUCCCCAGUCCUUUGCGCAUCGUGAAGCCUGUGAGGCCCAGCCGUAGUCCGCAUAGGAAGGGGACGGAGACCCCCGGGGCCUGCUUCCAGGGCGACAUGGACUCAGGUGCCUGGUCCGGCCGGCCUACGCCUAGCGACAGGCCUAAUUCUGAUCUGUACCACGAAGCGGCGAAGCAGCUGGCCAUGGAGGAUGCUCUAGCAGCGCAGCGCGCAAAGCAGAACGCCGCCAGGCAACUCACCAUCCAGCAGCUCCUACAAGAGGACAGGGAAAGCAGCGCCGGCGGCUACCACAGAUCCAGAUCCACGCCCACACAGCUGCCUGCUCUCCCGCAUCAGUAUCAGCCGUCUCUUGCUGACACCCGGCCGUCACGGAGCACCGAAAGACUGCAACCCAUCUGGCGGCCGCCCAACGCCCAGCAAGAUUGUCCUCGCGCCGUAAGCGCCAGCACCUUCGGCCGACUCACUCCCCGCUUCCACGUCCAAGAACGCUCUGCCUUGCCCUACCUAUCCCCCGAGCCCGGACCGCGCAGCGUGUUCGAAUUCGACUCGGACGAUCACGGCGCUGGCACCGUCGGCACUCCUGAAACAGGCGGGUCCAUCCCCCUCUCCAUUCCAUCGAGCGGCGGCGACUGCCCCAACUCAGCCUCCCGCCCCCGGCACACCAGCUCCUCCAUGAUGGCCAAGGUCUUCCGCCGCAUCUCGGCCAGUCCAACCACGCCGACCCCGCCCGUGCCGAACAACACCCCGCUGGAAGCAUCAUUCCCGCGUUCCUCUUGCCGCCCACAUUAUAGGACAGAUACCUUUCCAUCCAUUCCCACCAUGUACUCCCACUCCUCUUUCUCAACCAACAACAACAUCAUCAACAACAAGAAAAUAAAAGCCAAACCCUCCAUGUCCGCCCUGGCGUCCGCCGCCGCAGCAAAGACCAACGACAUCGUCAGCGCAGCCGCCGAGUUUAUCGCCAACAAGAGCAGUAUGAGCAUGGGCAUGGGCGUCGGUGGUAAGGAGAGGCAGCGGCAGAGGCUGAAGAGCAGUAUCCGGGUACUGCCGGACGGGAGGCAGGUUAUGGCGCCGGGUUCUUUCGCUUCAGCUUCUUGUUCCUCUUCUUCUUUUCCCGGUCCUGAUACUGGUACUGCCCUCGUCAAUGCUCCUCCUCCUCCUCCGGGUUCGGGUAGGAGUCGUGGUGGCGGUGGCGGUGGUGAUGGUGGUGAUGGCGUCCGAGGCAGAAUGGGUUCCGUGCCUGCUCCUUCUGCGGCGCCUGUGAUGAGUCCGGACUUUGACUAUGCCGGCAUGCAUGCUGCUGGCAGGGAAAUGUCGCCCGGCAGACCUGGGCUUGGAUACAGCCAGACGGCGGGGGGGUCGAAUGUGGACUUGGGCUACAUUCCAAUGGGGAGGGAGAGCCCCAGCCUGAGAACUGGGAGUGGGAGUGGGAAUGGUGGUGAGAAGAGUGCGAGGAGCAGUCCCGUGCCUGACCGGGGGAGGGGCUGA